GCCUCCAGACGUCCCCGCCCUCCUCCCUCCCGGACACCGGCCGAGCCCCACGCCAACAUGUGCCACACCAGCUGCUCCGCGGGCUGCCAGGCUUCCUGCGGCUCCUCCGGCCCCGGCCAGGCGUCCUGCUGUGUGCCCGUGAGCUGCAAGCCCGUGUGCGUGCCCGUGAGCUGCAGACUCGCCGUGUGCGUGCCCGUGAGCUGCAGGCCCGCGUGUGUGCCCUCCUGCCAGUCCUCCGUGUGCGUGCCCGUGAGCUGCAGACCCACGUGUGUGCCCUCCUGCCGGCCCUCCUGCCCCACCCUGGUCUGCAGACCCGUGUGCUGUAGCUCCCCGUGCUGCUUCUGACCAGGGGUCUCCUAACACCUGCUCCGGCGGCAGAGGGGGCCCCACCCGUGCCCCUCCGGUGAGGACCAAGUCUUCGCCGGGCCUCCGGUUCUGCGCGUGGCAGCUCAAACAUUCCCGACGAAUCGUCUGAACCCUGGGGCGAGGACGGAGCAGGACGAGCCGCAUCCCCCUGUGACCCUGCGUGUCUCCGCCAGGGUCCUUCUCUGUCUCCGGCAGGGAACCCAGCCCGUGUGAGCCCAAUAAAUCGUGCCUUCCUGA